CCUAUGUUUUGAAUGUAAUUUUAUUAAUUAUGUCGCAAAUUGAAGUGCUACACAACUAAUAUAAGGUUUCUGUACAGCUGUUACUGGACAUUUCUAUUGUUUACUUGUUAUUCUAGUCUCUGUCAGGUCUUAAGAGGUUUUAGUUUAAUAUUUUGAUCGCUACCACCGGGUACUUGCCAUAAAAAUUCCUUUAUUUUAUGCCUGUAGUCGUGUUUAAAACUUGGACAUUCUUUUCAGUAUCGAGGUAAUCGAAAUGUGAAGUGCAUUAAGUUGUAUUACAGUUUUCUAGUUAAUCAAAAUAGCUUUUGUUUGCUGCAAUGAAUGUGGAGGCAGUUAAUGGUGACAUGGCUGGGGAGGUUGGUCUCAUAGCAGACGAGUUGAGCCGAGCAGUGGAACUUACGCUGAAUGCAGCCGUGUCACAUGACGCCCGCAAUCAAGCUUACAAUGCUUGUGAGAGUUUUAAAGAAAACUCACCAUGGUGUGCUCAAGCAGGGCUUCUCUUAGCAAGUGGUAGUCAAUAUUCAGCUGUUGUUAAACAUUUUGGCCUGCAGUUGAUGGAGCAUACUGUGAAGUAUAGAUGGACACAGAUAACACAAGCAGAAAAAAUAUUUAUUAAGGAAAAUGCAAUGAAGCUAUUAUAUAUGGGUGGUUGGGAGACAGGUCAUCUUAAUGAUGCUCUAGCUCGGGUUAUAGUUGAGAUGAUCAAGCGUGAGUGGCCACAGCAAUGGCCUACGCUGCUUGCAGAACUUAGUGAUGCAUGCUCUCAUGGACACUUACACACUCAAAUAGUCCUACAUGUUUUCCUGCGGCUUGUUGAAGAUGUGGCCACAUUACAGACUUUGGAGCAACAUCAACGUCGCAAGGACAUUUACCAAGCACUGACAAGUAACAUGGCUGAGAUAUUUGCAUUCUUUAUGCGGCUAAUUGAACUUCAUGUUCAAGAGUUCAGAGAGAAGACUGCUGCUGGGGAUUAUGCGGCUGCCGCAAGCAAUGGUCGUGUUGUACAGGUGGUAUUACUGACAUUGACUGGUUUUGUUGAAUGGGUGUCCACAAACCAUGUUGUGAUGAAUGACGGUCGACUGCUACAAAUCUUAUGCAUACUGCUGCAAGAUGAAGUGUUCCGAUUGCCAGCUGCAGAGUGUUUGCUGCAAGUUGUCAAUAGAAAAGGCUCUACAAAGGAACGUAAGCCACUAAUGAUAUUAUUUAGUGAAGAUGCAAUCUCAUCAAUCCAUCGUGCAGCACUUGCCAGUAUUGGAACUGCUGAUGAGAAGCAGUACUUGUUCCUGAAGAAACUAUCACAGGUCUUAGCAGGAUUGGCGCAGCAAUUGACGACGCUGUGGUCCAACGCCAGCAACGUGGAGGCUUGGCUGCCAGUGCUGCUGGAGACGACGCUGCUCCUCACCUCCCACCCGUCACUGACACUGGCACACACCGCUAACUCUGUGUGGCUGGCAUUCCUCAAACACGAUCAUAUAUCCAAACUGCCGCUGGUUGUCGCGGUAGUACCCAGGUGGCUUCAAGCUGCCGCUCCUAAGGUUUUAAAAGUAUCCUAUCCAUCUUCUCGAGCCAACGGCGUGUCUGAUGAAGUGGCGUACGCAUGUAUGGAUUACGACAGCGAACAGGAGUUCGCGAUAUUCUUUAGCCGUUGCCGAACUGAAAUAUUGGAUAGUUUUAGGUAUUGCAUGAUGGCGGCGCCGCUGGUGACGUGGUCGUACGUGGAGCAGUGGACGCAGGCGGCGCUCGACAAGGUGCACUCCUGUCCGCCGCACAUCGACGUCACGCACCCGCUGCAUGUCGAGUGGGAAGCUCUGUCUCAGGUGCUGGAUGUGGUGUUGUCGCGACUGCUGCAGGCUGAGCCGCGGCCGUGCGCGGCGGCGGGCCUGCGUCUGCUGCGACGCUGCGUCGACGCACAGCCGCGAUCCCCACUGUUGCUCUCCUUGUUGCUCUCGCUCAUUUCCGCACUAUUCGUCUUCCUCAGCUGUGCAUACAGCCAGCUAGCCGGUCCGGGUGUGGGUGAAGCGGGCGCGGAGCUGCUGCCGCGCGUGUUGGACAAGAUCUUCGCGGCGCUGUUGUAUGAGGGCGAGCCGCCCGAGGACCGGCGCUCGCGCAGCGUCAAGAACGUGCGCAGACACGCCGCCGGACUACUCGUCAAGCUCGGCUCUAAGUACCCUCUGCUGCUGCUGCCGGUGUUCGGGCGGCUGAACGAGAUGUGCAGCGCGGCAUUGUCGCGGCCUGACCUCAGCGCGGUGGAGAGCGUCACCAUACAGGAGGCGUUGCUGCUCGUCUCCAACCACUUCUGCUGCUACGAGCGGCAGACAGCGCUCGUCGCACAGGUACUGGGCGACUGCAGCUCGCGCUGGGCAGCGCUGGCCCCGCACGUGUCAUCAGCGGAGGCGCUGGCGCGGCUGGUGGGGCUGGACGCGCCGCCCGCCGACGACGAGGAGCGCGGACGCGCGCGCAGCACGCUACUGCACGCGCUCACGUUGCUGCUCGGCGUCGUCAAGCGCACGCACGUGCCCGCUGACCCAGACAAAGCGUCUCGCGGCGGCUUUGGUGCUGGCGUGACGUCAUCGGGCAACCCGGUGUGGCGCAACCCGUGCAGCGCUCACGUGCUCCCGCUGCUACCGCACGCGCUGGCACUAGCGCGCGCGCUGCACGAGCUGCAUGAGCCGCGCGCAGUCGCAUUGCGACACCCCGCGCACCGCCGCGCCCUCCUCCCUCCGCCCGCAGAACGGCACAACUUGCUGGGCCUUCGCGAUGAUGCCCCGCCCGCGCCCACAGAGCCACAAGAUCGCAUGCAGAACUACCUCCAUACGCUGCAUGAUAACGUGUGUCACCUGGUGGGCGCCGCUGCGGCAUCGCUGGGUCGAGAGUUGUAUGGCGCUGCAGGGCUGGCGCGGUUCGUGGCGGGCGCGCUGCUGCACGCGCCGGCCUGCCUGCCGGACCACUGGCUGCGGCGAUGUGAAAUAAUACAUGGCAUUUUUUGUAUGCAGAGCUAUGAGAUGCUGCGGCCGCGGUUCCCGGGCGUGGUGUCAGUGCUGCGCGCCAUACCCGAUGUGGACGCGCACGACCUGCAACGUCUGGACGACAAGCUCGCCGCGCACCACACCAAGCCGCCCAAGAUCGACAAGAGCAAACGAGAUCUAUUCAAGAAGAUCACCUCCAGAUUAAUCGGACGGAAUGUGGGGCAGCUAUUCAAAAAAGAAGUUUUCAUCCUCGAUCUUCCUACGAUGCACGUGGCCAAGGAGAAGGCGCGCAGUGCCCUCGACGCCCCCGAGGGCGCGGGCCUAGAAUCCCUGUUCGCCCCGCGAGCGCCCACAUAGCGACCGUCCCCAACUUACCUCAUCUCUAUAUGUAAAUUGUUACUCGCAUUCGCUUUGUGACCGCUUCACAUAAAUAGGAAAUAUAUUCUAGUUUCCACUGACGAAAUACUUGUACAAAACAUACUGUUGUCUUUGUUUUUUCAAUGAGGAUUUGAGGGACGACAAUGUGUUUUUGUGUUUCGGGAACUCACGAUGAGGUUGUUACUACCAGAAAUGUGCUGUAUAUUAGGUUUAAAAUAUUUGUUCUUAUCUGACAGAGGUGUUGAGUGUUUUUUUUUGCCCGAGUGGCUUAGAAAUGAAAUUGUGUUUUGGCAUGUGUGUAUAUUUGAAAAUAAUUUUGCAGGGAAAUGCACAUUUCUGGUCUAACCUUAUAUUGUCCAUAUAAUCAUUAAAAAAUAAGUUGGCCAUUAUACUAGUUGAGAAAUAUUCUAGAAACUAUUCAAUAAAAUGGUUUGAGUCGGUGAAAAGGAAGAUUCGUAUGCGCUUAAUAAAUUUUAAUAUAUAUAACGAUUAGCAGUGAAAUGACUAUUUCAAACCUAGAAGAUGUUAAUCUCGUCAGAUUUCUAUCUCUGAAGUUAGCUGUAAUACACUGUAUUCGAAAUACACGGGACGACAAUAUAAACGAAAGUAAAAGUGUGAAAGAGACGGAGAAUGAUUUCCGACAGAUUAGAGUGAGAUGGACACAUGGGAAGACCAAAUGCAUGAAAGAGAGGAAUGUAUGUCUAAUUCGUCAGUUUUUAACUGAACAGAAAAACUUCAGGGAUUUUAGAAUAGUGAUGCGUAUUUUAACGUCACAUUUACUCGUAGAAAAUGUAUGUGUUUGAAUGAUAUUUCUUAUUAAAUGUAUGUUGUAUGAUGUGUAAUCAAUUUGUAAGGGCCGUGGUGUUUGUGGUCGCUUGAAUGUAGAUAAUGGAGUAUGGCCUAGUUCCUUGCAAUGCGGCUCGUGGGCCCACAUUAGUACUAUAUCGUAAUAUUUGUACGGAAUUUUUUUUGUGAAUAUAUUAAAAUAUCGAUUUGUUUUUUUAAUGAUAAAAUGUGUCGUUAAUUAAUGUACGUUUUUAUACUUACAAGGAAUUUAAUUUAAAAACAUUAUUGCAUAUAUGUUUUUGUAAACAGACUUGGGAUGCACGAUGUUUAUAACACAAUAAAUGAUUAAUAUAUCAUUUUUUAUAUGUUAAUAAUGUUAAAAUUCUUAUUGAAGAAAAUUUUA